AUGUUUGCUAUUCAACUUGACAAAAGUACUGACGUUGCUGGACUUUCAAUACUGCUUGUUUUCGUGAGGUAUAUUUUUGAAACAUCUAUCGAAGAAGAUUUAUUGCUUUGUACUCCUUUGGACACAAAUACCACCGGUGGAGAAAUUUUUAAAGUCAUCGAUAGUUAUAUGAAUAAACAUCAGGUUGAUUGGGUUAAAUGUAUCGAUAUAUGUAGUGAUGGAGCUGCAGCUAUGGUUGGAAAAAUUAAAGGAACCAUAACAAGGAUAAAAAAUGUCGCACCAAAAUGUCACAGUAGUCAUUGCGUUUUACAUCGCCACGCUCUUGUUAGUAAGAAAAUGCCAUUGGAGUUAAAACAAGUUCUUAAUGAGGCUGAAAACGAAUUGCAACUAACAACUAAUAUUAAAAAAAUUGUUAUCGAACAUUUGGAAAACCUCGAAAAAUCAUUGUUUCAGUAUUUUCUUGCUACUAAUAAUGACGUUGAUUGGAUACAAAACCCUUUUGUGAACCAAAAAAAACCUGCAAUGUUAUCCAUGCUCGAAUAUGAGCAGUUAAUUGAAAUUAAAAGCAUGUCAUAUUUAAAACAGAAAUUUGAAUCUGGAUCUUUAAACGAAUUUUGGAUUGAACUUAAGGACGAGUACCCAUCUCUAGUUGAAAAAGCUAUUUUUACUCUAUUACCUUUUGAUAAUACAAUUUUAACCGACACUAAGAGGCCUCGAGGACGCCCCAGACAAAGAUGGGUGGAUAGAGUAAAGGAAGACUUGAAACUCCUGAACGUAAGAAACGCAGAAGAAAGUGCAAAUGAUAGAGAAGAAUGGAAACAAUAUGUUGUUGCGGCGAUGGGCCUUAAGGGCCUGUAA